AUGACCUCGCAACUACCGUCCACCGGUGAUAGCCAGCAGCUCGAGAGAAGGGCCAGUACUUUCCAACCAUCCCCGGAGAACUUCGCCAGUGGUUUCACUUCUAUGUCUGGAUUUGAGAACAGGCACGGCGAGAAUGGAGUCUUUAGCCACCUGCCGCCAUAUUCACCAUAUGACGCAGGCCUUGGUAUUGCUAGCAACUCGAGCGGCGCUACAAACUCAGGAAUCGUCACUCCGCCUACCUUUCUGGCUCAGCAGACAUUCGAUGAUGUCCAGAGUUCAAAGCCUCAAAAGAAGAGCUGCUGUUCUGCGAAGGCGCCAGCAACCGUUCCCACGCCGACGCAAAGUUCUUGUUGCCAAAAGAAUGACUCGCCUAUGGAUUCGCAGACUGCAUCAUAUCCGUCGUACUCGGAUCGCGCGAUGUAUACACCAAUUUCGACUCCUCAGAUCUCAUCCUGGCAGGAUUUCUACACAGCUGGCCAGACUAACAACUCGUCGCAUUACACUUUACAGAAUCAGGCCCUCGGACAGCCCAGGGUCAUGCCGAACUACAUGCCUCAAGCGACACUAGACUACUCAAAGCCGAGUUUCCCGCAGCAUAAUGUCUCCAACGGCAAUGGCUUCUUCCAGGGCACCUUAUCACAGCCAACGCCCAGUCAGACGCAGACUCAUGAUCCCCCACAUGCAACUUUUAACGGAGAUUCGAAGCACGACUGCGACUGUGGAGACAAUUGUCAGUGUCUAGGAUGCGCCACCCAUCCUUUUAAUAGCACUACGAGACAGCAUGUUCAAGAGAUGGGUCUCUUAGUCACGCUUGAUGGUGAGGAAUCGAGUUUCGAGCGUUCGAAUGGCUACCGGAACUUGCAAUCAAAUGGCAACCCUGAUGCCACUCGGUUCAACUACAACUUCGCCAAUUUCAGCCACUUCGGCCAUGAAAAUCACUCAGGGCCCAUGCACGAAAACACGGACAACACCAGUCCAAAUGGCGGCUCGCCUUCUACAGAGUACACCUCAGAACAACAUCUGAUGGUACCCUCCGAAUAUUACACCAUCGAAUAUCCCGUGCAACUCCCGAGUGCUUGCUCCGAUGUGACCGGCAGUUGCCUCUGCGGCAACGAUUGUAGCUGCGUUGGCUGUCUCACGCAUAACGGUCACAAUGGCUUUGCGGUCGAGCCCUCGACGAUGGAGAACAACCAUUUGUCCCAAUCGAGUCCUUCUGCAGAGCAUAAGGGCGUCGGCUCGCCGCACGUACCCGGGCUCGAACACGCCACCGUUCAAUCCCCGAACCCGAUGCUCUAG